AAAUACCUCGCAGUUUCCUAGUGGGAGAGAAGAAAAAGAUAUGGCAAAUGCUCUGCAGUUUCGUAGCAGGAGGGAAGAAAGACCACACAAAUUUGGGUCCCUCUCUAUUAUUGACUUCAUUUACUGCCAUCUGCAAUUUAUAAGCACAUCCCAUGUUGAAUGUGUGGUAAGAGUUGCAAUAUCUGUGUUUGAGUUCAACAGCUGAAGUUUUAUUUGUUCCUGAGUCCUCUGUUUUCUUUCUUUCUAUCCAACUCUGAGAUAAGAUGGAAAAACAAUACAAGCCUCCCACACCUAAGCUUGCCUUCCACAGCGAUAAAAGUUAUCAUGUGUUUCUGAGCUUCAGGGGACCAGAUGUCAGAGAGACUCUGGUUAAUGAUCUCUUUCAGGCUCUUUCUGCAGCAGGACUCAAUGUCUUCAUUGACUCUGAGAAAUUGGAAAAGGGUGAAAUAAUUGAUGUGAGCUUGGAAAGAGAAAUCGAGAGGAGUGCCAUACGUAUUCCUAUAUUCUCCAAAGGCUAUGCACACUCAGUCUGGUGUCUCAAAGAGGCCGCUGCAAUGUUGAGCACCCCUGCAUUGAUAAUCCCCCUCUUUUAUGGUGUGGAUCCAACUCAGGUUAGAUAUCCUUUAAACGAGUCCAGUCCCUACAAGCAAUCCUUUGAAAAACAUUAUGGGCAUUCAGAUCGGUGCACAAGAGAAGAGGUAGACGGGUGGAAGGAUGCCCUUCUGGAGAUCUGUAAACGCUCAGGCUGGUCCACGGAUCCAACUCAACAAGGCUACGAAGCUUGGCUGGUAAAAACCGUUGUGAACGACCUCAUCAAAACAUUGGAUAGAGUGCCGUUAGAAGUCGCGGAGCAUCCAGUUGGAAUAGAUAGCCAGAAGAAUCUUCUCAUUCAGAAAUUGGAUCUCGAUGCAAUGGAAAAGGUGCUUAAACUUGGCAUAUGGGGAAUUGGUGGCAUUGGCAAGACCACAAUUGCCAAGGCAGUCUAUAAUCAAAUUUAUGCUGGUUUUGAAGCUGCAUUUUUUGUAGCCAAUGUCCGUGCCACCGCUACAGAGGCCACAGGCCUUACAAAACUGCAGAAACAAAUUCUCAAAGAUUUAAUCAAUUAUGGUGAAGAAGUGGACAAUGUUGACAAGGGCAAAUCUUUGUUCAGAGAUCGUCUGGGAGGAAGACGUGUGCUGCUAAUUUUGGAUGAUGUGGAUGAUCGUGUGCACUUGAAAGCUUUGGUUGGAGAUUGGCUGGGCCCAGGGAGCAGAGUCAUUAUAACUUCUAGAAACCAACAUAUUCUGAAUGUUGCUCGGGCUGACUGCAUCCACGAGAUGAGUGGAUUGGACAUAUAUGAAGGUCUCCAGUUGUUCAGUUGGCAUGCCUUUCUCAGAGCAUCGCCACAUCCCAGUUUCGAAGAUCUGUCCAAAGGAAUAGUGGAAGUCUGUAGGGGGCAUCCUCUUUCAUUGGAAGUAAUUGGAUCCUUCUUGUAUGAUAAGCAGGAUAACAGAGGUUGCUGGGACGAAGCUCUCCGCAACAUAACUUCCAAUCCAGACAUUUAUGACAGACUCUACAUCAGCUAUAGCGCUCUUAGUGAUGAUGAAAAAGAGAUAUUUGUUGACAUUGCUUGCUUUUUCAUUGGAGAGCUGCAAGAAUAUCCCAUUAUUUUCUGGAAAUCUUUGUAUGAUAAGGUAGAGACUGCCAUAUGUAAUCUUUCUAUGAAGUUGCUGAUAAAGACUAAUGAUAGAAGUAAAUUUGAUAUGCAUGACCACUUGAGAGACAUGGGGCGCACCAUUGCUGAAAGAGAAAAAAAAGGCACCCGGUUAUGGGAAGGUGUCGAUUCUAGCAUCAUAGCCAACAACAUCACUCGCCUUCAACUCAAAGGAGGCAAUAUGCAAAGGCUCGAAUUGCUGUACAGGCCCGGUCUUCGCUAUCUUUCUUUGCAGAAUGUGGGCAUUGGAGGCAUGACGAAAGACACACUGGCCAUGCUUCCUCCAACUUUAAUUUGGUUAAGGCUUGAACAUUGUCAGUAUGCCGCUGGGAUGAAUAGGGUUAAAAUUAGGCCGCGUCACUCGGGAUUUGUAGGUAACAUUUGGCAAUUGAAGACUUUGCAAAUAACAUUCAGCGAUGAUUUUGAAAGCCGUCAUAUCUCCUCCCUAUUUUCACUUCCUAUCAUACGACUGCAGCACUUGGAUUUGGGGGGGUGUACUGACUUGAAUAAGCUGCCUCAUACCAUUGGCAACCUCUCACAACUGCAGCACUUGGAUUUGGGGGAGUGUACUGAUUUGAAUAAGCUGCCUGAUACCAUUGGCAACCUCUCACAGUUGCAGGAUUUGUAUUUGGCGAUAUGUAUUAAUUUGAAUAAGCUGCCUAAUACUAUUGGCAACCUCUCACAGCUGCAGAAGCUGAAUUUGAGUGAGUGUACUAAUUUGAGUAACCUCCCUGAUACCAUUGGCAACCUCUCACAGCUGCAGAAGCUGAAUUUGAGUGAGUGUACUAAUUUGAGUAACCUGCCUGAUACCAUUGGCAACCUCUCACAGCUGCAAAACUUGGAUUUGCAAGGGUGUACUAAUUUGAGUAACCUGCCUGAUACCAUUGGCAACCUCUCACAGCUGCAAAACUUGGAUUUGCAAGGGUGUACUAAUUUGAGUAACCUGCCUGAUACCAUUGGCAACCUCUCACAGCUGCAGAACUUGGAUUUGUGGAGGUGUACUAAUUUGAGUAAGCUGCCUGAUACCAUUGGCAACCUCUCACAGUUGGAGAACUUGUAUUUGAGAGAGUGUACUAAUUUGAGUAACCUCCCUGAUACCAUUGGCAACCUCUCACAGCUGCAGAACUUGUAUUUGAGAGAGUGUACUAAUUUGAGUAACCUCCCUGAUACCAUUGGCAACCUCUCACGGCUGCAGAACUUGUAUUUGAGAGAGUGUACUAAUUUGAGUAACCUCCCUGAUACAAUUGGCAACCUCUCACAGCUGCAUAACUUGUAUUUGAGAGAGUGUACUGACUUGAAUAAGCUGCCUGAUACCAUUGGCAAACUCUCACAGCUGCAGGAUUUGUAUUUGGCAAUAUGUAUUAAUUUGAAUAAGCUGCCUGAUACUAUUGGUAACCUCUCACAGCUGCAGAAGUUGAAUUUGAGUGAGUGUACUAAUUUGAGUAACCUCCCUGAUACCAUUGGCAACCUCUCACAGCUGCAAAACUUGGAUUUGCAAUGGUGUACUAAUUUGAGUAACCUGCCUGAUACCAUUGGCAACCUCUCACAGCUGCAGAACUUGGAUUUGGGAGAGUGUACUAAUUUGAGUAAGCUGCUUGAUACCAUUGGCAACCACUCACAGCUGGAGAACUUGUAUUUGGGAGAGUGUACUAAUUUGAGUAACCUCCCUGAUACUAUUGGCAACCUCUCACGGCUGCAGAAGUUGUAUUUGAGAGAGUGUUCUAAUUUGAGUAACCUUCCUGAUACCAUUGGCAACCUCUCACAGCUGCAGAACUUGGAUUUGCAAGGGUGUACUAAUUUGAGUAACCUCCCUGAUACCAUUGGCAACCUCUCACAACUGCAGAACUUGGAUUUGCAAAGGUGUACUAAUUUGAGUAACCUCCCCGAUUCCAUUGCACAACUAAAGUGCAUGGAUUUAAUUAGAUUUUAUUAACCUCCAAGAUAUCAUUGGCAACUUGUCACAGCUGCAACAACUUUAUUUAGAACUGUGUUCAGUUGCCACCGUCGGCAACCUGUCACUAAAUCUGAAAGGUUCCAAUGAGACAUUCUUUAUCCUUUUAUAUUAAAUUUAUAUUUCUCAUAAAAGUGAGUGUUCAAAAUAUUAAAUAGGUUCAAUUUUCCUGUCAGGCCAAUUGUAUGGAUGGAGAGUGCACUCCAAGCUCACUGAAAUGAAUCGGCACCUUGCACGUGUUAUUUGAGUUA